GAGCAGACCAUUAAGAGGGACAGACAGAGCAGGAGACUGAUGAGGCUAGUCGCUCUGAAGAAUCUUGGUGACAAUGACUAAUUCCGAGGACAACGUUUUUGAUAACUCCUCCAGCCUGGCAUGGGUGGAUCCGUGUAUUCAUGAAACUUGGCUAGAAAAUGCUCUGCUGUCUGUAUGCUACCUGCUCGGCCUAUUUGUUGGAGGUCUGGGAAACGUCAUUGCUCUGUCACUAUUUGUACGCGACCGCCAGCCUAAGUCACCCUCUGACAUCUUUCUCCUUCACCUGGCCUUAUCAGAUCUCUUCCUGCUCCUCAGCUUACCUACUCGGCUCUUCUACCACCUGUCAGGAAAUAGCUGGCCGUUUGGCUCAUUGGCAUGCAGGCUGUCUGGUUUUGUUUUUUACCUCAAUAUGUAUGCCAGUCUUUACUUCUUGGCUGGCAUAAGCAUUGAUAGGUAUCUAGCUAUUGUGCAUCCCCUCAACUCUGUCAAGUUCCGAAAACCAUUACAUGCUCAUUUGACUUGUGGCUUUUUGUGGGCUAUUGUUGCAUUUGCUACUGCACCAUUACUGUUAGGUCGAGGGGCAGCAAUGGAGGAAACGGUUUGUCGACUUCUAUAUCGUGAAACGCCAUCUUUGAGGGCACUGUCAUCACUCAGUACAGCAUUUGCAAUCCCCUUCUUGGCCACAGUCACUUGCUAUGGUCUUAUAUUGAGACGACUCCAGAAAGGAGGUGACAGGAAACCCAAGGAGCGUGCUGUAAAGAUGGUGCUCCUGGUCCUUACCAUAUUCCUGAUCUGCUUUGUUCCAUACCAUCUAAGUCGAGCACUUUACCAUGUCCUGAUGCCAGGUGGCGAAAGUGCUGCUGUGCUAUCUCCUUGUCACUUAAGGCAAGGGUUAGCUUUAGCAAACCGUUUUACCUCUUGCCUCAGCACCCUUAAUGCUGCCCUAGACCCGCUGGUCUAUUUCUUUGCUGUCAAGAAAUUCCGUCAAAUUCUUCUUCGCCUGCCAUGUAAACAGGAUGGAACAGACAAUGUGAAAAAUCGGGAGGAAGGCAGAACAGAGGACAGUUCUCUCAGUGCCAAGACAGAUGUGCUGCUCCUUGACAGAAAUGAAGAGCUGUGUAAACUUUUUUGUUACCAUCAACCAUUCCUCUUUGUACAAUCUGAGCAAAGUUUUAUGUGA